AUGCAUGAAGUGGAAGCAAGCGAUACAGAGAGGGGAAUGAAGCGACCGCUGAAUGAGGAAGAUCAAUCCGAAGAGGAGGUUAAUACUAGUAAAAAGCAAAGGGCUACUGAUAAUAAACCCCCAUGGCAAUUGACAUACAAACCUAUCAAACUGGAUAAAGAAGAAGAUGAUAAGCUGAUACAAGAUAUGCUUAACCACCCACUGCUUGGAUAUUUUUACUACAAAAACAUAUGUCAACAAUUUAGUAAACUAAUACGGCUAUUUUUCUCACAUAGUGGUCUUCGACUAAAAGAAAGCUUUGUUCGAUAUGUGAAAUUUAUUGAUUGGCAUGAAUUUGCAGAAACAAACUUACUUAUUAGGCCCGAGAGAAAUGAAUGGUCAACAGUUGCGGGGUCAUUAGAUUUCCCCAAAAUUAUAAAAAAGACCAUCAAGUAUAGACAUGUACUAGUUGAUCUCCUUAACAUUCUAUACAAAGGGUAUAAGGAAGGACUAAAAGCUUCAGAGGACUUAUUGUUAAAGAGAUUAGUAAUGUUUCAAGACAGGUUGACAAAACAAAACAAGUAUAAAAGUAACGCAUAUUACAAAUUAUUGUGCAAAGAAUUCACAGAGUACUUUGAUAUGAACACAGGAUUUGGUAAUAGCUUAAAUUUACAAACCAAACGUGAAAGCAUUUAUAUACGAGGUGCUGAAUUAACUAACGAGGAGAAUCGAAGUUCAUUGCAAUGGACACCAGAAGAGAAAGAUAUUUUUUAUGAAGCGCUUGGGAGAUACGGAAUUCACAGAGUUGAGGAAAUAGCCAAACUGCUUCCGAAAAAAUCAUCUGUUGAUGUCAUGAACCUAUAUAAUAUACUUUCUAGAGAAUUGAAAAGGUGUAAAUCGGAUGAAAAAUUGAAUAAGAAGUUGUUAAAGCAAGAAGAUUUCCCUAUUGCUUACGAAAUGAGUGAUGAUUAUAUUCAGUAUGAAGAAAAUUUAGCAUCCACAUUUGAGAGUUUAGAAAAUAGUCAGUUCAAUAACAAUUUAGGAGUUUAUCGAGGAAAAUUGAUUAAGUAUUUUAGAGAUAGAUAUAGUAGUCUGUUCAUCAAAAAAGACUUUGAGUCCAUGAUGAAAAUUAUCAAUGGAUUAAAUAACGAUGAAAUAAUAGCAAGGUCAAUAAAUCAAUUGGCAUAUGCUGAGCUUUACAACUUAGUAGUAGACUAUUUGACUGAGUUAAUGCGUCGACUAUAUGUUAAAAAAUUGAAUGAAUUGAGUGUUUCGCAAACUUAUGAAUGGUAUUCAUUUAUCAGAACAGUCAGGAAACCUAAAGAUCCGAAGUCUAUGGUUAAUAUAAUCGAUCCGAAAAACAUAAAUAGAGAAGUGAAAGAGGAUAUUGAUUACUUUAAUAGCUCAAAUUGUGAAACGGAUGACUCUUCUGAUGAAGACAAUAACUUUUUUCCUAUUUUAAGGGGAAGGAAAAAAGAUAUACAUCGAAUGACAGACAAAGACAUCACUAUCAAGGACAAAAACGAUAUUUACAAAAUAGCGAUAACCAAGGAUGAUGUGUAUGAGUUAACAAAUGAAAUGUUGAGAGAAUACAACUGUUCUGAUGAGUUGUUAAAGAAGAUUGAGGGGAGAAUUCCACUUGUCCAAGAUACCGAGAGAAAGCCCAAGAAACGUAAUACAGUUGCUGAAACUAUUAGUGAAUCUAUUGCGGGUGAAGAUAUGGUUGAAGAUGUAGAGAUGAAUGAAGAUACUGAUAUGGAAAGCUCAUCAGAUGAGAUUGAUAGCUCAGAUAUUGAUGGAUCUGAUAGUGACGAAAGUGAUCACGAUGAUAAUGAAGCGUUGGAUAUUGAAACGAUAUUGAAGAACACAGAAAAAAUUGAAGACAUCCAACCAGAAGGAGAGUUUGAAAAUUUCAGUGAGAUAAAGUCUGAUGACGAGCAUUUGGAUUUUAAUGGAGGUGAAGACGUAGUCGAGGAUGAUGGAUUUAAUUGGUAUGAUGAUGAAUUCAUUGUCCCUGACGAUAGCGAUGAAGAUAACACUGUGGGAUUAGAUUUAACCACAAGAGGUCACGAAUACUUGCAGAGGCAGUUUGAAGUGGAGACAAGUCGGUGUGACUCCAAAGAUAUCAAAGAUAGCAUACUACACGAAAAUCUCUUACUCACACACUUAACAACAGAGAAAGAUGAUAACUACAAUGAUGAUGAAUACGUGGAUUUGCUAUCUACUAUACAUUACGGUGAUUCUGAUUUUGGGGAGGAUCCAUGGAAGACUGAAAAAGGUGGAUUCACAUUAGACACAAGGAUAAUUGAGAAAAAUAUCAAGCCAAUGAAAGAACAACUUAAUCAGGUGCUGAAUAAGUAA